AUGUUCUCCCGUCCGCUCCCCAAUCUCCCCGCGCGCAACAUGGCAGACUCGGGCGCUGCUGUGACAGUCUCCAAGCGCCGCCGCAUCGCUCUCGCAUGCACAUCUUGCCGCACCAGAAAGUCCAGUCAGCUCGGUUUCGAAUGCCAGUAUGACGCGCCCGACUCGACGACCAACAUCAUCGUCCAAAAAGAUUAUGUGUCGGGCCUCGAGCAGCGCCUGAAGAAAGUGGAACACCUCUUGCAACGGCACGAUGACUUGUUGACGGGGCACUUGUCGUCCUGUGCCAUCCGGGACCCGUAUGAGGAGGAGCCGCCCGGAAGUGUCUUGCCGCUGCGGGAAGCGCCCGGGGGUGAGGGUAUCGAGAUUGACGCGUCGGUGAUUGACUCGGAUGAUUCCGAGAGCGAGACGGAAGCGAGGACGGACGGGCUCGCCAUCACGUUUGUCGACGAGCGCGCGGCGGCGUAUUUCGGGGAGUCGUCGAAUAUCGGCUUCGUCCGCUACCUUCUCGGCUCCGUGUCGUCCAUCUGGGGCGUCAAACAGCCAGAAGGGCCCCAGCUCAGCAAGGGCGACGACCCCGACGGCAGACGCGGGACCGUCCUCUCGUCGGAACAUUCGCCGCUUGGCGCCUUGCCCACGACCCCGCAGUCGCUCGCGACGUCAUCGCGCUUGCCGGCCGUUGCUGACAUGGAGGUCAUGAUGGAUCGGUUCUUCAACACAAUGGGGUUGCUGUUCCCGUUUUUACACGAAGCCACGUUUCGACAAACGUACAAUGCGUUCAAGGCCAGCGGCUUCAACAAGGUUCGGCAAACGUGGCUGGGGGAGCUCAACCUGAUAUUUGCCAUUGCGAGCAAUAUCAACCGCAAGCAAGGAAGAACGUCCAAGCAGUGCUUCGAGGAGUCGCUCAUCUACUACAGAAGAGCAAUGUCCUUGUGUGGCGCCUCCUCUCUGCGCUCUGUCAGUCUGGACAUUGUGCAGUUUCUUCUUCUGCAGGCGCUGUACCUUCAAGGCACGCCACAAGCGGGCGAGGCCUGGAGUGUGCAUGGACUGCUGGUGAGAAGCGCAGUGGCGUUGGGUCUGCACAGUGAUCGAGUUGGACGGCAGCUGGAUGGCGUCGUGCAGGAGAUGAGAAUUCGCACAUGGGACACCAUUUACUGCCUCGACACUGUGCUGAGCGCCACAUUUGGCCGGCCCUGUGCGAUCCCCCCAGCGCACAUGACGGUUCGUCUACCACAGCCAUGGCCGGUGUCAGAAAACGACCAGAUCGGUACGCUGCCUGAAGUGGCGCAAGUGGCGACGGACUUCCUGUCCAUUUCCGUGCAGCUAUACCAGAUCAUGGGUCUCUCCAUCGAAGCCCAGUACAAUGGCAACAUUGGCACAGACCAGAGCGAGGACGAGGUGUCCAUGCUGCAAACAGCGAGUAAGUUGCGGCAGAAGCUGCGACGAUGGGCCGAGACGUUGCCGUCUGAAUUUUCGUUGCUGCCGAGUAGCUCGCCGGAUCUGAAGCACAGUUCCCGAAUGAACAAGCUGCGGGCGAUUACGACGGUACGAUAUCACAGCAUAUCAAUCUUCAUUCACCGACCAUUGCUGUGUGUCACGCUCAAGUAUCUGUCCAAGAUCCAUGGAAGGCAGGAUGUGGAGCUUCCCUACACGACGCAGCUUGCCAUGGCGGAAGCAUUUGAGUGUAUUUCGUCCGCGGAGGAGACGAUAGGAAUGGCCGCCUCGGUCUUUGGAGGUGGUCCCGUGGAGGAUAGCAACCUCGGGGUCUGGUUCUUUACACUGUACUAUGUCUUUACUGCGGCGCUCAUGGUGUGCGGCGGCAUGCUUUGCGCCCGACACAGUCACCGGGUGAAUGCACAAACUGUGGUGGCGGAGGGUCGCUUGAAUCUUGUCAAAGCGGCCGAUGCACUCGAAAAUCUGGACAACAGCAACCCUCUUGUGAAGAGGUGUGUCAAGUAUAUCCGAUAUUUGUCGGAACUGCGAGAUUACCGAUCCGAUUCUGACAUUGCUGAUUUCUCGACCGAGGAACCUGGCGCGUUCAACCAGCUGGACGGUGACUAUUUCAUGGGCAUGGUGGACCUCCUGGAUGAUCACAGUGGUCUUGGCCCUUAUCUGGCGGCGGAGCUAUUUGAUGCCUCAACUUUCGAUACACUCAUGUCAAUGUAG